AUGGGCAAACGCACGAAAAAAGUUGGCAUUUGUGGCAAGUACGGCACGCGCUAUGGUUCUUCUCUGCGUAAAGUGGUGAAGAAGAUCGAAAUCUCGCAGCACGCCAAGUACAACUGCGUGUUCUGCGGCAAGGAUUCGAUCAAGCGGACGGUGACGGGCAUUUGGAAGUGCCGCUCGUGCUACAAGACCAUCGCAGGCGGGGCUUACCUGCUGAACACGGCUUCAGCCGCGACUGUGCGCUCGACUCUGGCUCGUCUUCGCAAAAUCCGGGAUGACGCGACGGUUUAG